AUGGCGCCCACACGCACAAUAAAAAACAAGCACGCCGCUCCCAAGGCCGGCGGCUCGAGUGGCGGCAAGGGCCCGAGAAAGUCUUCCGACGGCGGCAUCUCUAAGCCCAAAGGCAAAUCCGGGCCCAAAGCCAAAGUCCCAGCGACACAGAUCAAGGGCAGGCCCAACCUGCCAGGACUCGACAAGAACAAGAAAAAGAAGCAGAGGGUCUACACAGAAAAGGAAUUGGGCAUCCCCGAACUCAACAUGAUCACCCCCGUAGGCGUAACCAAGCCGCGAGGAAAGAAGAAGGGCAAAGUCUUUGUCGACGACAAGGAUUAA